ACUUGGCAGGAUCCCUGUUCGGAUUUUGUGAGUCUUAGAUUGAGUCAAUAGGUUUGUCAGUCAGGGGUUAGAGUCUACGUGGUGAGGUUUGGAACCAUUAAUCCGGUUGUACACCGACACCAUGGUUGAGACCCGUAGUGGGAAGAGCACUGGCCUCUACACCCAGGAGCAACAAGAGAAGAUGGUCGCCUUAGUGAGAGAAAAUAAGGAAAGGAAGUUGAAGGCGAUUGCAGAGGAACAGGCGGCGAAGAGGAAGAAAUUGGAGGAAGAGAUGAUGAGGAUUCAGCAGGAGGAGAAAGAAAAGAGAAAAGUUGCCGAAGAGGAAGCAGCACCAGAAGAAGCCAAAGGGAGAAGCCGUAUAGAAGAGAGAGGAGAAAGCAGUGGCAUGGUAAAUGAGGAUGCCGCAAUGGAGAAGAAAACAAGUGAGUGGAUUGCUAAUUUAUCGUUGGGGGAAGACGAGGAGGCAGAGUUUUAUGUCCCCCAGGACGAGAGGGAUGUGUUAGCUAGUGAGCUAGCAGCGAUGGAGGACCCUCUGGAACGGCGAGAAAGAGAAGAGGAGAAGAAGUUGGAAUCGAAAUUGCGAAUGAAGAGGGAGAAGAAGAGAAGGAGGGAUGAGGUUAAUAGGCUGACCGAAGAGGUGGCAAAAGUGAGAGAUUGUCGACAAGAGGUCCAGGCGCAGCCAUACAUCUCUGCCAAAAUGGACAAGGUGUUGGGGUAUCUGGAAGUGUUGAGUGCGGCCUGGAUGGAGGAGCGCCAGGCAAGCUGGAGCCAGGAUGUAGCGUUGAGUGCCAUGCGGUCAGGGUUUAGAGAUUUCGCGUGUGACAUGGUUACCCAUGUUGGAGGCGAAGUUAGGCGACUGAGAGACAGCGUGGGAAAGUUAUGCGAAAGCGCCAUUGAGGGUGCCAAAGCAAUAGCCGCUGUAGAGGGUGAGGUCAGGCCCCGUGAGGAGCCUAUCAAGCUUAAAUUCCCCGAUGCGUAUGGAGGGAAGAAGGAAGAAAAUUUUGAUAACUGGGAGGCUAGUGUGAACAGUUACGUAUACUUACAGCACAUCCUGACUGAGGAGCAAGUCCUCGUCGCCUUCCAGGCCCUUAAAGCAGUCAGUUUUGCCAGAUCUCUUGCGCGCGCAGCCAGUUGUGAAAACAACAUGGUUGCAUAUUCUAAGAUCAACACCCUUCCUCAAUUCUUUAAAGUCGUGAGAGAGAGAUUUGCUGACCCAACGAGAGGCGUUAGAGCCUCUGAUAAGUUACAAACGAUCCACUCACGACAGUGGAGGAGUGCAAGAGCACUCAAGGGCGUUAUGGACGACUUGGUAGCCGUCCCAGACCACGGGGUCACUGAGCCCCAGUUGGUCCAAUUGUUUUAUCGUGCCAUGCCCGAGCCCCUGCGUGGGCAUUUCUUUGAGAAGUCUCAACAGGCCGACAUCACCUAUGAUAUGCUGAGUAGAGAAGUGGUCCUAUAUGAGUCAAAGUCCAUGCCAGUGUCCACUUUCUGGCACAAGGACUUGGACAAAGGAAAGAAGUGGAAGGGUUGUACCAUCUCUGGCCAAGUGAGGGCCAAGGAUCAUAUGAUCCUCACGUUAGACGAGGGUGGUACAGAUGAGAUCCCCUACAGUGAGAUUGAGUGGGGGUUAGAGGAGGAUGAUAGCAGCGUAGGGCAAGGGACGUCUUAUGCGGCUGUCACGGCUGGAGGGAGGCCGCAAGGUAGAGGAGGAGGCCAGGGCCAAAGGGGCCAGGCCAUGGGAGGCCGAGGAUCGGGUGCACAGGGGGUUGGCGGACAAGGGAACCGCCAAGUGGGAGGUAGGGGUCAAGGUCCCCCGCCAAAUCGCCAAGGUUCUUGUCGGUCCCCACAGCGACGAGGUGGAAGGCCACCUCAAGGAGGAUGGCACCCAGGCUUGCCACAGGGCAAGCCCUGGGAAGACUUGGGCUUGGACCAGCGCGUAUGGCAAGAACGCGUGAACUUGGGUCAAUGCGUGGUUUGUGGUGACCCGGCCCACGUCUUGGAGAAAUUGAGAGAGUCAAACUUCAAGAUCAACGCGAAGAAGUGCGAGUGGGCCAAGACACAAGUCCUGUACUUGGGCCACAUGUUGGACGGAGAUGGCAUUAAGCCAGAGGACAGCAAGAUGGCGGCAAUUAGAGACUGGCCGACGCCCCGCACACUCACAGACUUGCGGUCGUUUUUAGGCCUAGCUAACUACUAUAGGAAGUUCGUAAGGAACUUCUCUACUAUUGCCGCUCCCUUGCGCAGGAUGCUAAAGAAAGAGGCAAUCUGGCAAUGGGACAAAGACUGUACGUCUGCGCUCAAGAAGUUAAAGCACGCGUUAAUAGAAUACCCUGUCCUCAAAGUAGCUGAUCCGUCCUUGCCUUUUGUCGUCACCACGGACGCGAGUCAGUAUGGAAUAGGCGCCGUGUUGCAGCAAGACGACGGCAAUGGCUAUAGACCCGUAGAGUUCGUGUCAGCGAGGAUGCCCUCAGAGAAGGUUGCCACCUCGACAUAUGAGAGAGAACUCUACGCCCUCAGGCAGGCUCUAGAGCACUGGAAGCAUUACCUGCUUGGGAGGCACUUCAAAGUGUAUUAUGACCAUGAGACGCUUAGAUGGUUAAAGACUCAGGCCAAGAUGACACCUAAGUUGACUAGGUGGGCCGCAGAAAUAGACCAGUAUGACUUUGAGCUCAAGCCCGUGAAGGGCAAGUACAACGUAGUUGCGGAUGCUCUGAGUAGGAGAUCAGGCGACUUUGGAGCCAUAGUACACUAUCUAGAUAUAGGGAGAGACCUGCAGGAGAAAGUAAGGCAAGUGUAUGCACAAGACCCUAUCUAUAGCGACCUCCUAAAGAAAGUUAGAGAGGCCCCAGAGACUGAACCAGAUUAUCGCACUACAGACAGGUUGCUAUUUGAGAAGACUAACGUAUUCGACCGUCUAUGCGUUCCCAACAACGAGGAGAUCCGCAAUUUGAUCCUAGGGGAAUGCCAGGAUACAGAGGGACAUUUCGGUUGGCAAAAGACUCUAGCCAAUCUAAUGCAUGCGUAUACCUGGCCGGCCAGGAAUGAAGAAUGACUGCAUAGAGUAUGUCCGCAGUUGCAAAGUUUGCCAGAGGAACAAGACCAUUACGCGUGCCCCUCUAGGUCUGCUCAGACCCUUGCCUAUUCCUGAUCAGCCGGGAGACUCAGUGUCCAUAGACUUCAUGGAUACCCAAGUCAAGAGUAGACAUGGCAAGAGCCAAGUCAUGGUCAUAGUUGACCCAUUUACCAAGUAUGUCGUUUUCGUUCCUUUGUCUGCAGAGGCACGUACAGAGUUAGUAAUACAAAAGUUUUUCGAUUUUUGGGUUAGUGAGAACGGAGGCCCAUUAUCAAUAGUUAGCGAUAGAGAUAGUCGUUUCACCAGCCAGAACUGGCAAGAACUCAUGAGAGUUUACAGAUCUAAGUUGUUGAUGUCGUCUGGCGGCCACCCAGAGACCAACGGUCAGACCGAACAAAUGAACAAGAUCCUACAGC